AUGGGGUUGAGUCCAAUCCAGCAAGAAGAAUCAGCUUCUUGUUGUUUAUCAAUAAAGACCAAAACUUCCACCCAGGCUGAGGGUGGGAGGGGAUUUUGGUCGGAAUUCCCAGAAGAUUUGGUAUUUGAAAUCCUGUCUAGGUUGCCAAAAAAGGAUUUGAUUGCAUUGAAAUCUGUGUUCAAAGAUUGGAACUUUGUGAUAUCCAGAGUCUGUAUUCCUAGGCUAUGCCCACCAUGCCCUCAAGCUCCUUUUUGGGCUUUGCUCUGUUUUAAGGAUCCCCUCCCUCCUGAUUCGGAAGAACCCGGGGAUGAUCAUCCCAAUAAUAAUCCCAGUAGUGGGGACAAAUUUUUGAAACUUCACUUCUUACGUCUCUACAAAUACAUGUACGGAGAAGUUUUACCUCCAAGGUUUUGGGGAAGCAGAAUUGAGGACUGUUUUUUGUCUCUGCUUCCAAAGGAGGUGGAACAAGAGUGUGAUGCUUCCGAUAUUCAAGACUGCUGCAAUGGGCUCCUACUCUUAGCCUCUUCCAGUAGCUCCUGUUAUUGUGUGGCCAACCCUGUCACGAAGCAGCGGCUUUUAGUCCCAGAAAAUUCCCACCGCCACUAUAACACCAGCAUUAAAACCAUCCAUUCCUCAUUGGUUUUUGAUCCUUCCCUUUCCCUCGGGUUUAAGAUUGUUAGCUGCAUUCGCCCGGCUGAAGACGCUACCGUUGCUCAUCCAAUGGAAUUGGACAUCUUCUGUUCUGAGGCUGGACAAUGGUCCCGGCAUGUUCUCCCGCUUCAGCCGUACAGUCUUUACGGUUUUGAGUGGCUUCGCCGGUCUGUUUACUUCAACCGUGCAUUAUAUUCACUCUCUUUGGCUAUGUUCUUGGUGUGCAUCGAUAACCUCAUCCCGAGCGGUGGCAGCAGCAGCACUAGCAGUGGAAUAAGUCAGGAUUGUACUGGUUCGUAUCUAAAAGCUUGGGCCAUUGAGCUUCCUGAUAAAGAUCUUAUGCCAAGCCGGCUGCUACCUAAGUGUUGUGGUUGCAUUGGGUUUUCCUCCGGGUGUUUCUAUUACUCCAAUCGCAAUGCUGAGGGUUCUUCAAUGUCCGUGUGGAUGCUGGUCUCAGAAGGGGAACAUUCGAAAUGGUCUCUGAUCCACACCAUAAGUAUUGCAGAUGACCUUGUCCUGACCCUCCUAGUUGGUAGUAAUCGUGUGAAGCAUGUGAAAAAAUUAGAUUGCUUUAGACCUCGUGCUUUUUUACCAAAUGACGAGGCAAUGGUUAUUGCAUCUCCUAAACUUAUCAUCUCCUACCACUUAAAGACCAAAUUGGUUGAUGAGCUUUGGGGUCCCCGCACCCCGUGGCACUGUAACCGGAAAACUUUACAAUUGGUUGGAAAUUGGAUCUUUCCCUUCUCGCCAUGCCUGAUGCUACUCAAUAAUAUUGUCGCAUAGAAUUUGGGAGUGUAGAUUGUCCUGCUGCUCGUCUUGUAAGUAUUUUUUACUCAAAUACUUGAAUAAAGGCUGCAUCUGUAUAAUGUUCGCUAAAUACUCAGAUAAAGGCUGCAUCUUUAUAUCUUGAAAUACCUAAUUCUUUUGCAAACAAGGGUUAAUAUUACUACUACGUAGCUGUUAUAAUUGGGUGGUGACUAUGCUUCUAUUAGUUUAAGAAUGAUUACUUCUUCUGCCAUUAUUACCUUUAGAGUACGAUUUUCUCUGUGGUUCUCUUUUCUGUGUUUUGCUCUAUGAAUUGCAACUGGAAUACCUAAUUGCUUAUUAUCUCGAGGGGAGGAAACGAGGUUCUUGAUGCCUAGUCCAUGUAGAUUGUAUGGCUUUACAUGGAAUGGUCUUUCAACUCCCCUUAUUUUUGGGAAUGGAUUAUUUGUGAGGAUUUUGAUUACCAGUGCCAGAAAACUGAUUCAUAGUAUGAAGUACUUGUUUCAGUUGUGAUUGAUUGAUCGGCCAGACCAGUUUAUUUACAUGAGAUCUUUUUGCGUACAAACUAGUAAUGGUUGUUUCAUUUUGUGAAGCAUGGUUUUUAAUCUGUUUAGAGUGUCUUGAUUGAGCCCAAUGGCGGCAUAUGAUCUAUAUAGCCAAACGUUCAUCUUUGUAUGAUUAGCUGGUUAACUAGUUGAUGAAGGUUACAUCUUUCUAUUUUGCUAACGAAGAGGUAAAAGUUUCACUUGAUGAAGAGUGCAUCUGGAUGCU